AACCAGGGAAAUUCAUCAAAACAGACUCAGUUGAUGUGAAGCGCACAUAUGAAAGUUGAGGUUGUCCGUCAUUCUUCCUGGAACGUGUAAUCCUUCACAUUAGUAGCAACAUUAAUGUGGCCAGAACUCUAAAGGACCUGUAGAACUUGGAGGCUUGCCUGUAAUUCAAACCACAUUUGACUCACCCCACUAAGGAGAGUGAAAGCAGCCUUGCUUUAGAAUUCAGAGGCACAGUCAAGUAAUAAGCUCAAGCCUUCCUCAUCAACAACCAGGACGAGUGCCGUUCGGGGUCCACUAUGAGUUUCAGACUCAGUGUGCUGGUAUUGGCGGUCGCCGUGGUGACAGUGUGGGCUCAGAGGAAACGCCCGACCCAGAACGAGUGGAACUACCGGGAUGGCUCUGAGAAGGUCAGCAUGCGGGGAGUGGCCAACCUCACCCAGGUCCUGGACAACUGGAGGUUUGACAUCCUGACUGAGAUGAAGAACCUGCUGCAGAAUGAUCACCAGUCUGUCCUCCCAGACUACCACAGGAUCCAACCCCUGUCCGAGGCAUUGGAUGAUCUCUAUAAGGAGUUCAAUGCCCUGAAGGCGCAUCUGGGGGACCUGGGCGAGAAAGUCGUGGCCGUCGAGACCUUCAUCGACGAGCUGAAGACGGAGAGAGCCGCAAGCGCCACUCCCGUUCGGAGGAGGAUCGUCAAGAAGAAAGCCCCGGCCUCUGAGGCCUAAAGGCCGACCACCGAUCCCCGUCCACCGACAGUGCUGGCACUUCCUUAAGAGAAAAAAAAGUGGUGAUUGAUUCGUGCAUCUCCUGUUCUGUAAGCUUUGUUUGCGUAUCCCCAUAGCAACAGUCUGAACGCGUUGAAAUCUUUUUUUCCCUUUCUUGCGGUUUCUCAUUACAGUCAAUAUUCAAACUAUUGGUAGCCCAUGUACAGAAUCCAGUGUCCCGAUAAAAUAUCGAGCAGCAACGAAAACCCGCAUGUUCAAACGUAAAACUGAAAUAAGUCUUAAAAGUGGAUAACAUAUGGACAAAUGCUGUAACCAAUAGGUUACCAUGCUACACCCAUUUGCAUUAAAAAUCAUUUUACUGACCAUUUGACUAUCAUGGGACCCAUGGCUGUCGUUUAAAACAACACCGUGAUAUAUUAUCAAUCUUCUAUUUUGUUACAUUAUGCCGGGGAGAAUUGAGAUGGCUUUGCAUUAUUUCUCCUUGCACAACGUGGUCAUUGUGGUGUAGAAAUCUCUCAGCUAAAAUAUUUCUAUCCUGAAAUGAUGUAAGCUAUAAAUAAAUACAAUUAUUUUGCACGGA